AUGGAAGCGAGGCUGCAGUAGCAGUGGGCAGAGUAGAGGUUAGUGAGUAUUCUGUAAAAUGGAUACAUUAUGUUUAUAUUUUUUUCCACACCUGUACUCCAGUCCUGUAUACCUGACAUGUAAUAUGCUGCAGUAAGAGCUAUGUAAAUACAGACUGUAUACCUUCCAGGUAAACAUUACCAGCAAUGUGAGAUAUUUAAAUCCUCAAUACUAGUGAAUGUUUCAUUUAUUUCAUGUUACACAUGUAUGUAUACAUUAUGUUUUACCUGGUUCAACAAGGUGAACAUGAAAUGAAUGCAAUAUAUAAUUUUGUCCAGUCUGAUGCUGCACAUUGGUUGGUGUAAAGUGGUAUUGAAUUAUUUGCUUUGGUUUAAAAAAAAAAAAUAAAAAAAAAAAAAUUAAAUUGUAUUGUUUAUUUUUGUAGUGCAGGCAAGUACAAUAAAAUGUGUAAUAACAUUAUAACAAGAAGAUUUACGGCACCAUUCCCGUUGGAUUUGUCAAAAUAACAUGUUGCACUUUUUUUUAUAAUAGUAAGUUAACAUGCGAGGCUGCUAUGUCUAUACAGGACUAUAUGAGUGCUUUAAAGCAGAAAGCUUCAUAAAGGAAAAACUAGUGAAAGUAUAAAGAUAUAUCUUGUCGAUUUAGAAUCAGACAUAUUUGCUGUUUUUAACAAGACAUGAAAAAUAUGCCAAACUGCAGAUCUCUAAGUUUUAGAUUUUUUUUUUUUAUAACUUCCCUUCCUGUUAGCCUUAGUGCCUCUGUAUUAUGUUUUGCACAGCUUUAUGAAUACACUUUCAUUUUGCUGCAUGCCGUUUUAUAUUGUAUGCUCAACUUUGACAUAGUGUGUAUAUGAACUUGCAAGUGAUGUGACCUAUUUCCUGUGUAAUUUCUUUCACUUGAAUUAACAUUUCCAAUCUAGCUCUCUAAUAUCUUUGCUUUCAUUUGUACAGGAAUCAGGAUGGAUCAAAUUUCUCCUGAAGCCCAUGGAUGGUCUAUUCUUCAGAAGCUGAAUGAACAAAAAUCCAUGGGGCUUUUUUGUGAUGUCUCGUUAAUGGUGGAAGGUAAAAUAUUUCUUGCCCACAAAAAUGUCCUUUCUGCAUGCAGUGAAUACUUUUAUGCAGCACUGAGCAGGAAUGAGCAGCAGCAAUUCCUGGUUCUUGACAAUGUUUGCUUAGAAGGCUUUAGUCAUCUUCUGGACUUCAUAUACUCGUACAAAAUCCCCUCAUGUCAUGUACAAGACUUUAUGCAGGCUGCCCAAGUCCUUCAAGUUAGCUUGCCACUCACAAUUGAAGUUGUCAAUGUUUCCAGCAGCCCGCACACUAAUGCUCCAAAGGAGGAAAUUUGCAUUCCAGAUGAGGAUUACGAUGUCCCUGACCAAAACUUAGAGAUAAGAGAAAUUGAGAGCCAGCAAUUAAAAAGAAAUCGUGAUGAUAACAUUUCUGGCGUCAACAGUUCAAUCUAUAGUGAAGAGAGAAGAAGAUUUGAGACCGUAUCCCAGCUGAAAGACAAAGCCAAAAUGUUCAAAAAACCUACAUUUUAUAAAGAUUCCUUUGCCAUCAGAAACCCAAACUACUUUAUCAGCAAACAAAUCGGCAAAAGUGCAAGGAUGGGAAGAGGAAACCCCGAAGAACCUCGAGAAAGUUCCUUCCACAACCCUGCUUUUGCUAGGCAGAUGCCUAUUACAAUUCACAAUGAUGGAUCUUCAGAGGAAGCAGAUGAUGAGGCAGCUGACAUUUGCAUUAAUUUAUGUGAUGAGCAAGAUACCCCUGAUAUUUUGGCGUCUCACACCAUUAAUGAUAUGAGAAUGCAGAAAGAAACUGUUAAGCCUAAAAUUUAUUCAACAAUUGUUGGUUUGCAGGGUGGUGGAGUAUUGGAACGAGUGGACAGUGAAGAAAGACAUUCAGAAGUGGUACACAAAUGUGAUAGGUGUGAUCUUCUACUUACCUACUCAGAGUACCUCAAUCACCAAGAUGAUCCAGGAGUGAACUUGCUUCAUUGUAACUUCUGUGAAAAGCAGUUCAAUUACAGGUAAUAAUUACUCUAUAACUAAACACUUGGUUAAAAGGACACUUCAUACCCCUAAAGAUCUUCAGCUUGUGCUGAAGUGCUUUUGUGUGAAGUGUGUGUUUUUCAAUUCUACACGAAGGGCAGAGUCCUAUGGAAAUUAGAACUUUUAUAAAUACACACACACACACUCUUUAUCUCAGCAAAUGCCCAGAGCACUUGCGUUGCAUUGAUUUUUUUAUUGAGCUGCAUUGGGAAAUCUGUGAUUGAACAGCUACAGAAUGUCUGUUCAGGGUUAGGAGGGGAGGGUUUUCAAAUAAUUCAUACAAGGGAACUGUAGCUUUUGCAAGCUGUUUUUAGAAGUACCCCCCAAUUAAAAAAACAAACAAAAAAACACUAAAACAUAAUUAAAUGCAUGCAGGUUUUCAUUGGCGCUAUAUCCACUAAACAUUUUUAUAUUUAAUUACGUAUGUAUUUGGGCAGUGGAGUAUCUCUUUAAAGCCAAAUGUAAAUACAGCCUGUAACACUGAUGCAAAUUAGACUAAUGUCCAACAUCGGGAGGUAUGAGACCAGGAUGUGAGUGGGAAGACCUUUUGGCAUGUUUGGGUGGGCCUUGCCUUGGAAAUGGCCUGUCAUGUAGAUUGUGCUGCUGAAACACUUUUGCAUGGUGUGUUGGUGUUUGAUUGUAUGCAUAUGCACUGCUGCAUACGUACAUGUUUACACACACACACGCACGCAUGCAUGCACAUACCUUGACAAAGAUACAUACUGAUAGAUACACUUUGACACACACACUCUCAUACAUACACACACACACACACAAAAUCUGACAUACUCAUAGACACAUACAUGUUAUCAUUUAAAAAAAAAAAUCUUUAUUUGAGUUUUGUUUUUUCACAUAGGAGAGAAAUAGAGAUGGAAGAACUUAAAGCAUAUGUUAUAACCUUGGUCACAUGUAUUAUGCAUCGGUGACAUGUUAUAAUUUUUAUAUUUGCAGCCACCCUCCUGUUAGCUUACCUUUUGUGUGCAGGAGGGGUGCUUGCCUGAGGUCCUGAUGGCUGAGGCUGAUUGGAGUGAGUGUGAAGCUCACUCUUGAUUCUCUUCCAACAGCUGCUGCCUGUGCCACCGCCUUCUCCCUCCCUCGUGGCCUUCUAUUUAAGCUGGGAGGAAGUGACUGGCUUUCACUUCUACCCAGCUGGCCAAAAUCACAGGGGCCCAGCUACAGCGCCCAACCAUGCCCCUGUCCAGCAAUACAGAAAUAAUAACUAUUGGGUGGCCCUAAGUCCAUGGACCCCCAAAGCGCCCAAAAGCACUGGCUGCUCCGGCAGCAGCACUGGCUGCACCUAGCUGAUGGCGCUAUUUCAUGCUGACUCUUGGCCAUUUGACUUUUAUUUGUUGGGUUACUAGCUAUGUGCUAGAUAUCCAUUCCAGUUGUUAAGCGGCACUGUCACUCCCUGCCACUCUCAUGGGAGAAAAAAAUUGUAUUUCAUAAAGAUAGAAUCUUUAUGAAAUACUCAUAUUGUUGGAUUUUCGCUGAAGGGAAUUGGCUUUGUUUAUGGAGGAUCUUGUAGGAUCCUCUAUAGACCUCAGGGCUGUACUCUCAUGCAUGUGCAAGAGAUCAGCAGUGACGUUUCUCUGAAUGAGCUGAAGAGGAUACAGCCGGGGACAGGUUCAGGUAAAUAGAAUUCACCUUUGCCUGCCCCACCGAACCCCCAAAGGCAAUGUCACCAUCAGGGGGUCCUUGCAAACUCUGCAAAGUCACCAGAGCUGAGAGUUCCGCUUAAUCUCCUGCACAUAGGUUUUUGACCUUUAACGCUAACUCAGAAGACCCCUUUGCUGCUUGAUUUGAUAUAACCAUGUUAUAUUAUUGGAUUACAAUAACUGGUGCCCAUUACACAUUACAAUACUGCAGCAUUAUAAUAUGUAUUUAUUCAUAAAGCUGGAGUUUUCCUUUAACAUUGGCUGUUAAACAAAGUAGAGUGUUACUACCUUUUGAGCGGUUUUGUUACAAAGCGUAUUUCUUUAUUCUGCUCCUCAUUUAGUUGCCAGCUUGCUCUGCACCAGUCCAGCCACCUUGACAAGAAGUUCUACCAGUGUGAGCAAUGUGGGAAGGAGCUAAGUACCCUCAAGAAAUUGCAUGAUCACAUUGCGUACCACUCGGAUGCCAGACCCCACAAAUGCCGACUUUGUGAUAAAGCCUACAAGGUGAAAAGUAAGUACUAUGAUAACUUGCUGCAGUAGUUUAUGUUUGCCUUAUGUUUGUCUACAUGUUUAAAACUGCAUAAAUAUUGUCGGGAAGUGUGAGGGGAUAAUUUUAGAGACUUUGCAAUUUGGUUCCUUGUGCAAAAAAAAUAAUUCCAUUAAAGGACCACUAUAGGCACCCAGACCACUUCAGCUUAAUGAAGUGGUCUGGGUGCCAGGUCCAUCUAGUGUUAACCCUGCAGCUGUAAACAUAGCAGUUUCAGAGAAACUGAGAAAACCAGUCUCUAGUGGCUGCCUCACAGUGAGAACACGCCAGCGUCCAUAGGAAAGCAUUGAGAAUGCUUUCCUACGGACUGACUGCGCGAGCGGCUCUUGCUGUGCAUGCACAUUCAGCCGAUGACGUCCAAAGGAGGAGGAGAGUCCCCAGCGCCAAGGGAGCCCGGCACUGGAGAAAGGUAAGUGAUUAACCCCUUCCUCCAACUAGUUUGUUUUCCUGGCACUAUAGUGGUCCUUUAAUAGCUUAGUGGAAUACAGUUUGAGAAUAACAUUUCUGAAACAUUGGUUACUUAAUAGCACAUAUUUGUGCAUUCUCUGUUUUUCUUUGGCAAAGAUUCUCCAAGUUGACCUGUCCACUUUCUUGUAAUGCACAAGAAGAAAGGAGAAAAAGUAGAUGUAUUUAUCUGAAGCUUUCCCUCCUCUUCACUGCCAUCUUCCAGUUCAGCUUUUAAAGGAACACACCAGGCACCAUAACAACGUCAUCCCCGAUCAGCUGACUAUAAGCAACAUCCAGUUUGAGGCGUUCUGAUUGAAGCCUUUGACUGAAAAGGAAGUGAAAGGGUUGAGCCGAGGGGUGCCUUAUUAAAGACUUUAGGGAUAAAUGGUACCUGUCAUGACAAAUAUAACUUAAUUUUAAAUGAUAAAGAAUCAAAUUUAAUCUACCGUAUACAUUGCGCUAGCAAAUGUCUAGAUUUCUCUAAAAUCAGAGGUUAAAAAACUGAAGAUCACAGUCUCACCAUAUGUGUUUUGAGCUUCAAAAAAUAAUGAAAACCUUUAUGGAAAAGGGCUUUUGAAGUACUAUCAGAACUGGUUGGAGAAAAUUUUCCAUUUUAACAUAAGAAAAUAUUACAACUUAAAAUGGAUAUUUAAUAAUUCAGCUCAUGGCUACAAAAAUUGUAAUCUCAAGAUAUUGGCUACAGCAAGAAAUUGCUACCAGGGUCCAUGUUCUAACACCGCUCAAAUAUCAAUAUAAUAUGGAAAGGGGUAUUUAGUUUCAAAAUUAAAAUAAUCCUAGCUUUGAGAAAAGAUGGUCGCGCUGGUUAAUCUCCCUGAUACAACUUUGACCCAAAGAACCCACUCUAUUAUGGGUCUUUCCCUACACUUAUCGUAUACAUUCGUGCAUUAAAUCUCUGGCCUGACCACUGCCCAAAUCUACUCUGUUAUAUUUCUUUCGUCUUUUUUUUGUCUCGUCUGUCUGUUUUCUUUAGUGCAUAACUAUUUAAUAUAUAUUUUUGAAUUCAGAAAAUGCUUUGUAUAGUCUUAUGUGAAAAUCAUGUAAUUAAAAAUAAAGAAGUCAUAGAAAAAAACAAAAACAGUCCUUUCUCCCUCUUCUCAGUCAGUUCAGGUAAGAAGCUGUACAUGUUUGUUACUCUCUUCUUGGUGUCUCUCCUGCUUGCAUUUAGCCUAAAGGAAAGCAAUGUCUGCAAGAAAAAUAAGGAUGAAGGGCCAGGCUCUUUGUGAAAGCAGCACUAGUAGCAUCACAGAUAGAGGAGAUAAUCAGCCAGAAUAAUUUAUUGCAGCAGCUCUGGACAGGCAAUCUGAGAAUGGGGAGAGAGAACUGAUAUGUUUUAUUUAAACAAAGCCAAAGACUUUUGACCUGUUUCGGGAAACUAGUCUAAGCUUCCAAAACAUUGGUAUGCAAUAGAGGUGUGUCUUACAGCAAGUGUAUCACCCACUGAAAACAAGAUAAUACUUUCAUCUAAUAACAUGGUAAUGGAGAUACAUUAAAAAAUAGGUUUUUAAUAGUUUCAAGGAAGAAACACUUAAUUGUAUAAUAUGAUAAAACUGCAAACAUAUAUCUGUCAUGAUAGACUUACUUUAACAGUUUAAUCCCUUGAGGUAAACUGGCCCCCACGACCUCCUCACACAAUAACCAUUUCAUUAUGAUUAAUGUAGAGAUGAGAAAGUUUGUAGAUCUUCAGAAGUAUCUGUAUUCCUGCAUUAUGUUUAAUAAAAGUUAUCUGAUAAUGAUCAAAAUCGAAAUAAUAAGUUUAGGGAGGGGUGUGGCCUAGACUCCAGCACAGAUGGUCGCAUGAAAGCUGAGCUCCGCAAGUAACUGAAUGUAAACGACAAAACCCGGCAGAAAUAACAGAGACAAUGGCAUCAAAAAAGCAGCGCAUUACAGCGGGAAUAUCUGCCACUACCUCUGCUUCUUCUAAAUCAUCCCUACAGAGAUUUUUCUCUGAGCAAGCGGAGUCGGAGCAGAGUGCCAAAAUGGCACCUCAGGCCGUACCGGCAGCCGACUGACAAGCCUGUUGACCUCAUAGUGCUCCAUUGAGGAUAUUGACCUCCGGUCACUCAUCACAAAACAUCCAGACAUUUCUGCCAUAUUUCAGAGAUUGGAAGACAGCAUUGGGAAAAACGCCUGGGUGACAGAGUGCAGGCCCUGGAGGAUGAUGGUGAAGUGGCAGAACAGCAAUGGUCUGAAUGCCACACCACUCAGAAUCUACACGUGGAGGCUAUUUUAUAUUUACAAAAGAGGCUGGAGGAUGUAGACAACAGAGGGCGGCGGAACAAUCUGCGGGUGACGGGCAUCCUGGAAAGCAUGGAGGGAACCACAGAGGACCCUAUGCAGGUACUAACAAGAUCCUCUCUAGGUCUCUGGACACAGCCAUUAAGUUUGACAAAGCCCACAGAGCAACCAGGCCUUGAAACCUGCCGCAAGAUAAGCCUUGCGAUCUUAUAUGUCAUAUCAAUUUCCCACAUCCAUAUCCACUUCCCACUGAAGGAAGAGAUCUACCGGAGGGGCCCGUCAAACCAGUGA